AUGUGUUAUCCUGCUUAUAGUGGCUAUAGUCAACAACCAUCAGAAGAGCAUGCUUACCCUUAUUCUCCAUCUACUCGAACAACUCAUCUACCUAAUUUCAACUACAAGCAUAACGAAACUAAUGAGAAAUCAUCUAGUCAUUUCCGCCCUGUCUACAGAGAUACAUCACCCAUGAACUCACCAAUACAAUACAACAAUGGAUUUCAUUCGGAUAUGGUCUAUCAUAACAACACAACACUUCCACCAUUGAAUACAUCUCCACAACUGAACAGACCAAGAGAAAGAUGGAUACCUGAUGAUCGGUCGAAUGAAAAGCAGCCUGAUCCUACUGUAUUAGCGCAGUAUCCACCCAUGCAGAGUCGUGAAGAACGCAAAGAAGGUAUCCAUAGUGACAUUGGACCUUAUGGUUGUGGUGUCAUGGGUUGCUUUGCUAGUUUCUCUGCUUCCAAUGGCUUGUUUUACCAUAUGAAAUCAGCACAUCCUAACCUGGAAGAGAUCUAUAAACCUUAUCGUUGUGCUAUGCCUAACUGUCCUAAACGAUACAAGAACAUCAAUGGUCUUCAGUACCAUUUAAGAGAAGCCAAAGGAUCUUCUGGUCAUGGUAAUGUUACAGCAGAAGAUUCGAAUGCAAAACCAUAUCAAUGUUCAGUGGUAGGAUGUAAGAAAGCAUAUCGUACGGCGAAUGGAUUACGUUAUCAUCAACAGAACGGACAUACAGUUCAACCCAUGCCCAUGAUGGAUGCUAACAUCAUGCCAAUGUCAUCCAUGAUCAACAUGCCCAGACAACAUUAUCAACAACAACAACAACAAAGAGAAAAAUGGCAAUCAAAUAAUCAUAUUUAG